AUGAACCCGGUCAGCAAGAAACUCAAGCCGAACAACACUCGCGCCGACGGCCCAGCUCGAGAAGAAGAUGAAGAAGAUUCAGAACACGAGCGGAAAUCGGUCGAGGAAUCGAUCACCACUCAGCUCAAGAACCGGAUGCUAGCAUCCGGAGAAUGGCUCAGGUUACAGAAGAUAUUGAUGGUCAAGCUGAAAGGAUCAGAAUGGGAAGAGCAACUACGCUGUGCGGCCGAGACUCGAGCGCUAGAACCCGAUAACCCGACGCUGACGAAGCUGAUCCACCACUUGCGUCCGAUUGCCCAAAACACGAUCCCGAGCGAAAUCAAGCACGAAAUCAGCACCUCUAUCGAGCAGUUCAUCCGAGCCAACAUCGAAGAAGAAGACGAUGAUGAUGAUGCUGAUCACCAACAACUACAAAACAACAACGAUGAUGAUGAUGACGAGGAGGAGGAAGACGAGGAGGCGAUGGAAGAAGUGGUCUAG